GUCUGUCGGUCCCAUUUGGCAUUGUUAGGCUCCUCAAACUCAAAAUCAUUCCUUUUUUUUUUCUUUUUUUCCUUUUACAGAAAUUUUAUUCGACUUCAAAUCGGAAUCCGUUUUUGUAUCUUCUUCAACUCUCUAAAAUAAAUUUUUUAUUCUGGAUCAAAAUCUACCUAAACGAAUUAGAAAGAUGGAGGAGGACAAAUUAGGUUUAGGGGAAGCAAAAAGUAACAACAAUAGCAGCAGCAGCAGCACAAAGGAAGCAGAAAAAGAAGAAGAGAAGGCUAAUUUAAAUUUGGGUUCUUCUCCUUCUGCAACUGAAAAUGGUGAGCAGGAAGACCCACCUCGUCAGUCUUCGUCUAGAAGAACCCCCUUUACUAAUCUCAGUCAGGUCGAUGCUGACCUCGCGCUUGCCCGUACUCUCCAAGAACAGGAAAGGGCAUAUAUGAUGUUGAGAUUUAAUAAUAUUGAGGGGAGUGAUUAUGGUAGUUGGGAGGCUGCGAGCUAUUUGCAUCAUCACGAUGAUGAUGAUUUUGGUGAUCCUGAUGAUGAUGACGACGACGACGACGACGAUGAUGAAACGGAUGGAGAUGAUGAUGAUGAGGACGACCAUGGCACUGAUGAUGUGGAUGCAUUCGAUGUCCAUGAGUCUGGAGGGGCAGCAGCUGAUCUUGACCCUUGCAUGUUUUCCAGUGAUGAAGCUUAUGCUAGAGCCUUACAAGAUGCUGAAGAACGAGAAAUGGCUGCUCGCCUGUUAGCUUUUGCUGGAAUUAAUGAUCAAGUUGAGGAUACUGAUGAUCACGGUGGAAACUCUCAGGAUGCAUGGGAAGAGGUUGAUCCAGAUGAACUUUCUUAUGAGGAAUUGAUUGCGCUAGGUGAAGUUGUUGGAAGCGAGAGUAGAGGGCUUUCUGCUGAUACAAUUGCCUCUUUACCAACAGUGAACUAUAAGGCUGGAAGCAGUCAGAAUGGAACUAAUGAUUCCUGUGUCAUAUGUCGUUUAGAUUACGAGGAUGGUGAGACCCUGACACUGCUUUCUUGCAAACAUUCUUACCAUUCAGAGUGCAUAAAUAACUGGUUGAAAAUAAACAAGGUUUGUCCUGUCUGCAGCACCGAGGUCUCCACUUCCGGACACAGCUAGUAUUUCUUGGCCAUCAUAUUCUACUUGUUGGCCGUCAUAUUUUACAAAUCAAAGAUAAUCUGGCGCAAGCAUCAUGGUGCUAGCUCUACUCUCUUGCUGUAGGGGAAUCAUCAAAUUGCGCAUACCUGUAGUAUUCAUUCUUCUUCAGAUUUAAUCCCUGCCCUUCAGAUUUCUGUUUCUCCCAAUCUUCCAUUUUAGUGUCACAAAUGAAGAAGAUGUUCUAUUUUCUAAAAUUGAAGAUUGUUUUUGUCCUGUAUAAUGACAUUUUCAAGUUGCCAACAAUUAAUGCCUCAGUAAAAGAACUGCCAUUUACCUACA